ACAACAACGCACUUCCUGUGACGUCACGACGAUAUUAAGUUACUCAGCGUGGGGUAAAAACAUGGAGCAGGCGUUCUCACCGGUUCCAAACUAAUUUGCAGGGUGGUAGAUACCUGUGAUUGUCGUCUCACAACACCCGCAGACAAAAUUACAACGUGAAGCACCAGCAUGAUCGUGGUAUAUCUGCCCUUCUUUGCUGUCGGUGCUGUCUUGCUUGUCCUCCCGACAGCUUCCCAGAGCUGUUCCGUGCCUCUUGGCUGGCGUGAGAUGUCACUCAACCAGCGUGUCUCUCUAGCUGAUAUCGUGGUCCAUGCUAAAGCCUUGAACAAGACCAAAACACCACAAUUUGAGCAUGGUUGGCCAGAGGUAUACGAUGGAACCAUGGAGGUUUACUGUGUUUUGAAAGGAGGCCCCUUGUCAUCUGACAUCACAGUGGUUGAGAUGGGAUACAUAGGAGGACAUUGCACUGCCAACGAAGUUAACAUUGAUGAGGAGUAUAUUCUCCUCCUGAGUCGGAGGGACAACGGCACGUUCUUGCCAGACAACGUAAACGUUCAAGCCGCAGUCAUCCAGGCCACUCAGGAGAACAUAGACAAUAUCGCCCUGACCUGUGGGCUGCAGAACUUCACACUUCCGCUAGACGUCGCUGGAAACGCACCAGAGCAGAGGGGUUGUCCCACCCAUCCAAAUGAGUCCGGAAAGCAGUGUGUUGGAGCUGGAGCGGCAUCCCAUAUAGUGAUGUCCACAAAUUUGAUCAUCUUUUUGUUCUUUUCGCUUUUCGAAUUGUUAUGAAAAUCCAGUGCAACUUUCGCCUAUCCAAGGCUGAGGGUUGUUCACAAUUGACUUACCGUAAUACAUACAUCAUCCGUCGUCCCUGUCGGGCGGGGUACAUACACUGUAUAUCCUUGACCUUAAACAUGUAACAUUAUGUGUAUGAAAGACAAUGGA